UCUCAGUUUUCGCAGGUGUAAGGCCGGAGGAGCGAGCGCCCAACAUUCUAGAGAGAGAGAGCGCCAAGAUUUUAGAGAGAGAAGGGGCCAUGUUCAUCGCGCCACCCUGAGGCUGCCAUUGAAUAACUGUUGCGGAAUAUCAGAGAAGCCGUGGGAGUUGCGAGUUACCUCAGAGCAUUAAAAACACCGGAAUAUUUGCCUCCCUUCUCUCUCUCUACCAUUUUCCCCCUCAUCGCCUUCCCCCUCAUUGAAGCACUCUCUUUCUCUAAACCCCCUUUUUUUUAUCUUUCUACGUUCUCUUUUUUGCCGCUCUGUUUCUCUCUCUACCCCUCUUCUAUUUUUACCGAUUUCUUUCUCCCUCUGCGCCUCUCUCUCACUAACCCUCUGUGUCAUUGUCACAUACACUUUCUGUCUUUGGGUUCGUCGUCAUCCCUACGCGCUGCAAACGCGCUGCAAACGCGCUACUUCUCUCUCUUGCUGUCCUGGUUUUGAAGCCCUCUCCUACUCUGUAUAUCAGUGGGGAAUCCGUGUGUAAGGGAACCGAAAGUAGGGUAAACCGAUAUAAAGCCCCCGAUUGUAAAGAAUAUUGCCUUUUUAGGCACGGAAAAGACAUUUAGGGGAGAGAUUUUUAGAGAGAGAAAGGAAAUUUCGCAUUUCUUGAUAGAGGAAGUCGCUGAGAAAGGGUUGGCCGGUAUCUGGUAACUGAUUGGUGGAGAGCGGUUUCUUUGAUAUUAAAUCUCGCGGUUGCACAGUUUAACUCUCUUAAUGCUCUGAGAAAGCCUCUUAGAAUUAACUUUUUUACAGACGCCAUUCUCUGUGAUGGGAUAACGAUUUACGGGUAACAGGACGGUUUCUUUGCGUGGAUUGGUUAUCAAAGGUAUUCUGCAAGAGAAAAAAGGUCAAACGAGUGAUUCUUACCGUGAUUUUGCCAGGAAGCAGGGUCAAAAGAUUGAUUUUCACCUUGAUUUUGAGAGGAUACGGCUUGUGAAAGUGAUAUUCGCAUCGAUUUUGGUGUAAUCGUUGGAUUUUUGAAGGAUUUUUAUUCAGAUUGGGAUUUAUAUCCGAUAUUUGGAUGGAAGUAUAUGAAAGUGAUCCAAUGAGCAGCUUCUUCAAAUAUUUCAUGUAAAUCCAUCGCGAAGUUUUCUUUCCUUUCUUUUUGGGAAAUUAGGUUACGGAGUAGUUGCUGAAUCAAUAUUGUUUCAGGUGACAUUAAACAAAAGGUGAUCAAGCUUAGUUUGAGAGAAACAGGGAAUCAAAAGACGUGUUUCUGAAGAGCCACUCUGAGAACACGGUUUAUUUCCAAGGGAAAAGCAGUUUCUGGUAAUGUUUUUGAUGAAUUUGGCUCGAGAUUUGGGGAAAAGGAUGUUUCCUUUACCAUCGGGCUUUUGAAGUACUAUGGCAGUGAUAUGCAUACAUAGACAUGACGCUUUACAUUGCUUGCGAAGCUUCAAAGCUAUGGAGGAGGAUCUUAAUGGAGACUUUUGUGGAACUGAAUCUCCUGGCCGAGAAGUGGAAGUACAUUCUCCUAGGGCUUAUUUUCCAGUAUCUUCAUGGAUUGGCUGCAAGAGGAGUUCAUUAUUUGCAUCAACCUGGACCCACUCUUCAAGAUGUUGGGUUUAUUUUCCUGCCAGAACUUGGGCAGAACAAAGCGUACAUCAGUGAAACUCUGUUUACUUUCAUCUUUUUGUCCUUCUUCUUGUGGAGUUUUUAUCCUUUUGUGUUCCACAGCAAGAGAUUCUACACAGUUCUUUUAUGGUGCAGGGUUUUGGCAUUUCUAGUUGUAUGUCAAAUUCUCAGAAUUAUUACAUUUAUGGCAACUCAGCUUCCAGGACCCAACUAUCACUGUCGUGAGGGAUCCAAACUUGCCAGAUUACCUCGACCUGAUAGUGUGAUGGAAGUUCUAUUAAUUAAUUUUCCUCGGGGUGUGAUCUAUGGCUGUGGUGAUCUAAUAUUCUCAUCACAUAUGAUCUUCACUCUUGUUUUUGUGCUCACUUAUCAAAAGUAUGGGACUAAAAGGAUUAUUAAGCAACUUGCUUGGUUGGUAGCUGUAAUCCAGAGUCUCCUGAUUAUCGCUUCACGCAAGCAUUACACGGUCGACAUUGUGGUUGCAUGGUACACGGUGAAUUUGGUGGUCUACUUUGUGGAUAGGCAACUGCCCGAAGAAUUGACAGAUAGAAUGGGUGGGAAUUCUUCAUCGUUGCUGCCCAUUAAUGGCAAGGAUAAAGAUAGCAAAUCAAAGGAAGAGCUCCACAUGCUCUUGAAUGGCAAUACUGGGGAUUCCAUAGAUUGGAGACAGCGGCCACAGAUCAAUGGAAAGUACAUGGAAGAUGGAACACCUGUUCAUACUGAGAUGGCGAUGAAUGGUGGCGUAUAGCCUGUGGAUAUAUCUUGCACUGAAGGCUCAGCAUGGUUUCAUCAUUCUUGGUUUGAAAGCAAAAAAGAUGAGUGCUUUGUUCCCCCCAAGUUGUAUUUUAUUGAAAAUAGAAUUUUGAUAUGGGUUUUUUUAUUUCUUUAAUUUUCUUGCUCAUUGUAGGCUUCUCAAGGCAGUUAAUUUGUGGCUUCAAUAUUAGCUGUUUUCUUUUCGCUUGUUUAUAGAAUUCAUUAAUGCAUUCCCCUGUGCAAGCAGUGAAUGUUCCCUGGUUUCCAUUGCUUGGACCUCUGCUUAUUUGGUUCUUGUGUUGGUGAAAUGGAUGUUCUGAUUAGGGUGGAAUAGCAUACACACACCCUUUUUCUUCUU